GGAAUUACAUAGCCUAUGUUAGCUUGUAUUCUGUCUGACAUGGAUACUAAACCGACAUUCUGUAUUGUGUUUAUGUGCUGUGUAUGCCUCGUCAAAGGUUACAUUACCUAUAUAGCCAUCAGGCUCCCUCUACAGGGUCAAAGGUCAGCACCAGGGUCACCAUGGCCAUACCCAAAGGAAAUAAAAUCAGAGACUGACGUUCUUUCCUUAGACAUAGCUAACUUCGAAAUACGAUCCAAGAUCACCGGAUGUGACGUCAUUGACAAAGGAAUAGCGAGAUACAAGGCAAUGUUAGGCUUUGGGGCCAAGGACGAAACACUACUAACAGUGGAUGAUUUACAGAUUCACGUGGAAAACACGUCGUGUCAUACAUACCCUUACCUGGGAAUGGAUGAAUCCUACACGCUGAUUGUUGACAGGCAUGCGACCCUCCGGGCUAACAGUAUAUGGGGCGCUCUGAGGGGACUGGAGACAUUUAGCCAGUUACUGUAUACUUCUGCUACAGGAAAGGUAAUAAUUAACAAGACGAGGAUCGUAGACGAGCCCCGUUUUCCUCACCGUGGUAUCAUGCUGGACACUGCCCGUCAUUUCAUUCCACUACCCGUUCUGUUUAAGAAUUUGGAUGCCAUGUCGUACAAUAAGUUCAAUGUGUUCCAUUGGCACAUUGUCGACGACCAGUCCUUUCCCUACCAGAGUAUCAGGUUCCCAGGUCUGUCACAGAAGGGAGCCUACAGCCCCGUCCACGUAUACAGUCAGACAGACAUACACACAGUGUUGGAGUAUGCCAGGUUAAGGGGCAUCAGAGUUAUCAUCGAGUUUGAUACACCGGGGCACACCCAGUCAUGGGGAAAAUUUGACCGUAACCUACUUACCCCAUGCUGGCAUAAUGGGAAAAAGGGAGAGGCAAAAUAUAUGUAUCAUGGCGAGUACGAGAUCAUGAAUCCAAUGCUGAACUCGACCUUCACCUUCCUGGAGGAACUUUUCUCUGAGGUGACAUCAGUAUUUCCAGAUGAUUAUAUACACCUUGGAAUGGAUGAGUCAUACCAUCAUUGUUGGGCUUCAAAUCCGAACGUCGGAGACUUCCUGACCAAUUUUCUAGGAUUAAAUGCCUCCGACUUCUCCGGCUUAGAGCAGUACUAUAUCCGACGGGUACUUGAUAUCCUGUCCAACACAAAAAAGAAAGCCAUCAUAUGGGAGGACCCCAUAGAGAAGGGAUUGAAGGCAGACAAGGACGUUUUGGUGGAGGUUUGGAAGAACAGGCAGGACUGGGCAUCCAACAUGGAGAACGUGAUCCAGAAAGGUUACUCAGCCAUUCUCUCCUCCUGUUGGUAUCUUAACUACAUCAGCUACGGCCAGGACUGGCGUAAAUACUACGAAUGUGACCCACACCAUUUCGAAGGAACGGCCCAGGAAAAGUCGCGUGUUGUAGGAGGAGAGGCGUGUGUCUGGUCCGAGUAUGUAGACGCCACCAAUCUCCUUCCCAGACUCUGGCCUCGUGCAUCCGCCGUAGCUGAGAGAUUAUGGAGUCCGGCGCACAUGAACAAUACGGAUGAUGCUUCCUUCCGACUUGACCAGCAUAGGUGCAGGAUGGUAAGGCGAGGCAUCCCAGCUGAACCAAUCCUUAAUGGCUUCUGUGGUGAUUAUGAAGUAAAAAACAGUAGAAGUACAAACACAGGAUCGACUGUUCUGGACGGCUCCUCAGUAUUAAUCUACCUAGGGAUGUUCCUAUUUCUAAAGUUCUAUCUGCAGUGACUGACUCAGGAGUCCCGGUGUUCAAACAAAAUUAGAAGGAAACUCAAAACACCAUUUACAAUUUCUCAUCAAAUAGGAUACUGGUACAUGUAGUUCUCAUACAAAGCAUACCGGAAAAAAAAAUGCGCCAAUUUAUGUUUUGCGGUAUACUCACACUAUGAAUAAUGAAAUGUGAGUGUGCUGUAUAACAUUCGCAUUAGUAUUCGGAAUAUCAUCCAUCAAAUUCUAUAUUCUGCUACCUGUGGUUUGGAGAAAGGCUCGAACAUUUCAAUUGAAUCAUUGAUAUGACAAUGCAACAGAAUGUACAGGAUUUUGCACAAAAUGAAAAAUAACAUGUUUGUAACAAUUGAAGAAAGGGUCCAGGUGUCAAAAACACUUCCAACAACUCUACACGUGUAUACUGAUUUUUCCAAUA